UGUAAAUUUAUUUUUGAACAUCUUCAAAUAAUUUGGUAUCUGUUAGAAUAUGACUAAAAUUUAGUUUUCUAAUUCUAACAAAAAGAUCUCACAUACUUACAGUGGUUUGGGGUGUAUUAUUGUUGACAGAGAAGUAAGGGUGACGAAGUAACUAAUCAUAGUAUAACAGGGUUCAAAACUUCAAAUUAUGCCAAAAGAAAAAAAAAUAGCAUUGGAAGUGUGUUCUUUUAUUUAUUCUCUGUUUCUCUCUCUCAGUUGUGAGAAUCAAAAUCUUCUUUCUCCUCAUUAGCUUCAAUCAUUCUAGAACUCAUUUUAAGUUCUACUUUCUCAACUCUAUACUCUCGUUGCCAUUUUCAUUCUUACGCUGAUCUUCACCUUCUUAGUGGAACUCCAGUUCGUUUUUUCUCAACUGAGUUGGUACAGAAGCUGAAUCGAGUACGACUAGUGGGACACACAAGUGUUGCUGUCUAACCGGAUCAACGAGAUCAGAAACAGUUGUCAACUUUGUUUUACUCAUCUGCUUUGUGUUGUGUAAUAAACUAAAGAAGAGAUGUUAGGGGCUGGGUUUCAUUUGUCUAAUAAGCUGCAUAGAGCUCAAAGCCACGCCUCUCAAGGCAGAUCGAUUAACACUAAGGAGCUCCACGCUUCUCCCCCUUCAUCAUCUAGUAAUGUAGAACGGUUUUUGGAGUCAGUCACACCAUCUGUGCCUGCUCACUAUCUUCCCAAGACGACGAUGAUUAAGGAAAGGAGAGGCAGUGAUGUUGUUGAGUUGCAGCCUCGUCCUCCUUACUUUGUUCUUGGUGAUGUAUGGGAAUCGUUUGCAGAGUGGAGUGCUUACGGCACUGGAGUUCCUCUCUCUUUGAAUAACAACAACAUUUAUAAAGAUCCUGUCUUCCAAUACUACUUUCCUUCUCUCUCUGCCAUCCAAAUCUAUGCUGAUUAUUCUCAUCCCUUAAUCUCAACGCGGCUAAGUGAGGAGAGUGACAGCGAUUUCAAGGAUUCAAGCAGUGAAGGAAGCAGCAGCGAGUCUGAAAGAGGACCCUCGUCAAGGAAGGAGCAUCUGGAAGACUCGUCUAGUGAUGAUGGAGAGCCUUUAAGCUCUCAUGGUCGUUUGAUAUUUGAGUAUCUUGAACGUGAUCUUCCUUACGUCCGUGAACCCUUUGCCGACAAGAUGUCUGAUCUUGCCUCUAGCUUUCCCGAGCUAAAAACGCUGAAAAGUUGUGAUUUACUACCUUCAAGCUGGUUCUCCGUGGCAUGGUACCCAAUUUACAAAAUACCCACAGGACCAAAGCUAAAGGAUCUGGAUGCUUGCUUCUUGACGUAUCAUUCCCUUCACACACCCUUUCAAGGUGCAGACGUUACAGCGCCGUCUAUGUGUGAGGUGCAGCCAAGGGAGAGUGUUGCGCUGCCUGUCUUUGGCCUCGCCUCAUACAAGUUGAGAGGUUCUGUAUGGACAAGUAUCAAGGGCUCUGGUCACCAGCUAGUGAACUCCCUAUUCAAAGCUGCAGACAAUUGGCUGAGGUUGCGUCAAGUCAACCAUCCUGAUUUCAUCUUCUUCUGCCGCUGAUGAUAUGAUUAUACGAUGAUGAUGAUGAUGAUGAAAAAUGAUGUAUGAUGUCACUUAAAAGGAAACUCUCUAAGUUGUAAUGUAAACAGAAAACUAACUUUCCUUUAUAUAUGUAACAUGUUUUCUUACAAUAAAAGCUAAUAGUUGAAGAAA